AAAUCCUAUCAUUCCAGGAAAUAUGUGUGUGUAUAUGAGGUUAACAGAUGUAACGAUGCAUAUUUGUUGGGUUUUUGUUUUGCUUGUCUUGCUGAAAAUGUGUAAAAAAAUAAAAUAAAAGUAUACGUCGUUAGUGUCUGGUCUGCUCUUUCUGUCCCACCCUGUCCAUUCAUGCUUCAUUCAUUAGUUUAUCACAUGGUAUUAGUCAGACAAAAAUGCCCCAAUUAUCCAGUGGCUCUGAGUAUUUUGCUGACAUGCUAAACCUUCUGAGGGAAGCGGAGGAGCUCAGGCGCAGGGCGGACGCUGCUUCUUCGUAGCUAAGAGAACAUUUCCUGCUCUUGAGGAUUGACAUGUUCUAGAGGAAAUCCAGCACCUUCUCUGCGGGACACAAGGACAUGGUGAUCUCACUCUGCCUGGUUCUGGUUACAUACGUCCCCCUUCUGUGGUUUGUGAGGGAGAUCGACGGGAUGCCCGACCCUGCUCGCAGGGACCUGCUGAUGCGCCAGGAGGCGUCCAGACAGACCGGAGGACUGCUGAUGCUCACGGCUGCCGAGCAGAGGCUGGACGCUCGCCUCCAUCUGUUGAAAGAGCAGGAGAUGUCUGCCGCACUCUUCCCGCCUGCUCUCCACUUUUUUAAAUCAAAGCCGCUCAUUCGGCAGAGUGCUGUGUUCAAGCUGCUGCAGAAGAUGCCAAAAGGCGCAGCCCUCCACAUCCAUGGAUCUUCCCUGGUUGGGGUCGAGUGGCUCAUAAGAAACGUCACCUACAGACCUCACUGUUACAUCUGUUUCACCUGGGACAACUCGGUCCGGUUCGCCUUCUCGGCCCGCCAGCCCUUUCCCCGGUGGGACUGCUUCUACUGGCAGCUUCUGGAGACGCUGAGAUCCAGAAUAGGAGACAACGCAGGGUUUGAUAACAGUUUAAUUGAGCACCUCACGUUGAUUACCGAUGAUCCAGAUGGGGACUAUCCGAACCAGGAUGUCGUGUGGGAGAAGUUUGAGAAAGCCUUCAUCGCUGCUGCAGGACUCAUCACCCACGCUCCUGUACUAAGGGACUACUUCUAUCAGGGCUUAAAAGAGCUUCACGACGACAACGUCAUGUAUGCAGAGCUGCGGAGCGGCUUGUCCAGGACAUAUGAGCUGGAUGGAACCAUUCACGACAAGAUCUGGUUUCUGAACAUGUUUCAAGAAGUUACGCAGAAAUUCAUCAAAGAUUAUCCAGACUUCCUUGGGGCUCGCAUCAUCAUUUCUGUGCACAGAGCUCGGAGUCUAUCUGAGGUGAAAGCAGCUGUUCAGGAGGCCAUCCAGCUGAAGAAGGAGUUCCCAGACAUAGUUGCAGGAUUUGACAUGGUUGGCAGGGAGAACACUGGAAAGACUCUUUGGUACUUCAGGGAAGCUCUUUCUCUUCCGAAUGAGCUGGGGGAAGAACUGCCGUUCUUCUUUCAUGCUGGAGAGACAGAUGAUGAAGGGACUGAAGUGGACCAAAAUAUUCUUGAUGCUAUUCUGUUCAACACCAGCCGCAUUGGACAUGGCUACGCUUUGGCGCACCACCCUCUUGCCAAAGAGCUCUCCAGGAAACGCAACAUCGCAGUGGAGCUGUGUCCCAUCUCAAAUCAGGUGUUGAAGCUGGUAUCUGAUCUGAGGAAUCACCCCGCGGCGGUGCUGAUGUCAGAGGGCCAUCCAAUGGUCAUCAGCUCGGAUGAUCCAUCUCUGUUUGGCACCACAGGUCUCUCCUACGACUUUUAUGAAGCCUUUGUGGGCAUCGGAGGACUGAAGGCAAACCUGGGCACUCUGAAAGAGCUGGCUGUGAACUCCAUCAGGUUCAGCUCCAUGCCGCCUCAUUUGAAGGACGCAGGUCUCGCCGUAUGGCAGAACAAAUGGGACGACUUCGUGUCAGAUCAUUCGUGACUGGCAAACCACAAAGAAUCCUGUUCCACUUGAAUGAUGUUCGUACUGACAGCUAAGGCAAACCCUAUCGAAUCUUUCAGUAAAAUAAACUCACACAAGUAAAGAAAAGUCUGAAAUUUGGUACGUUGGAGAUUCAGAAUUUAACUUCUGAGUGGAUUUUAUGCUUUGAUAUCGAUUAUUUGUCAACUGACUUUUUUAUACCAAAAAAACGUAUAUAAAUGAUCACAAUAAAACCUUAUUUCUAGGACAA